AUGGCGCUCCUUACAAGCGCGCCUCAAGCGGCACUCGCCGUUGUGGUUCUCUAUGUUUCAUGGCUCAUUCUCAAGCCAUUCGUCAUCAAGUCCCCACUAGGUAACAUUCCCGGUCCUCCCCGAGAAUCAUGGUUUAGUGGUAACCUAGGGCAGUUUCUCGCUUUGGAUUGCUGGGACUUCCGGGCUGAACUCGCCCGCAAGUAUCCGCGCGUGGCCGCUCUCCAUGGAACCCCUGGUCAAUCGAAGUGGAUCACGGUCUGGGAUGUCAAGGCCAUGCAAAACAUUUUCCUUACAGAGCAAGACAUCUAUGCAGAACCCGUUCUGUACGUCCGACGUGCUAUGCGUGUCAUGCUCGGCCCUGGUCUUCUCAGCACGGAUGGCGAGCAGCAUAAGCGACAGCGCAAGAUGCUCAACCCUGUGUUCUCUGUGAAGCAUCUUCGUGAAAUGACACCCUUGUUGUAUCAGGUCAUUCACAAGACUCGUGAUGCGAUUAUGGAGCGUGUGCGUGCCGGCGCCGGAGCUAAGCGCGGGGUGGAACUCGAUAUGCUCUCUUGGAGCGGCCGCACAACGCUCGAAGUGUUGGGCCAGGCUGGUUUGGGCCACUCAUUUGACCCUCUCACGCAGGACCGACCGGACGAGUUUGCGGACGCCGUCAAGGACUUCUUCCCACAGAUGGCCCGAUCUGUCAUUCCACGCAUGGUGAUGCGACGCGUGGCCAACGUCGGCCCCGUGUCCUUCCGGCGCUGGGUCGUUGAGAGGAUGCCGAACAAGAACAUUCAGCAGCUGAGGCGGAUAUCAGACAUCAUGCACGAGCGGUCUGUGCGGAUUUUCAAGGAAAAGAAGGAGGCUUUGGAGAAGGGAGAUGAUACGCUUCAGCACCAGAUCGGCGAAGGUCGGGACAUCAUGAGUAUCCUGCUUAGAGAGAACAUGCUUGCGAAGGCCGAAGACAAGCUCCCAGAUGAUGAGCUCAUAGGACAGAUUUCAACGAUGGUGCUUGCCGGCAUGGACACGACCGCAAACUCGCUAGCGCGCGCUCUUCAGAUCCUCGCCGAACGCCAGGAAGUUCAAGAGAAGCUCCGCAAGGAAAUCCUGCAUGCGAUCGAGACAGAGGGACAAGACGGGACGCUCGACUAUGAGAAGAUCAUGGAGCUUCCCUAUCUUGAGGCAGUCUGUCGCGAAACCCUCCGGGUAUAUCCUGGCGUUACCAUGCUCUUCCGCGAGACAACCAAGGAUGUCAUAAUGCCUCUGUCGGAGCCGAUUCGUCUCAAGGACGGGACGCUCACUGACAUAAUCACCGUCCCAAAGGGAACGCGAAUACUCCCGAACAUCGGUGCUUCGAACGUCGACCCAGCGCUCUGGGGACCCGACGCGCACGAAUGGCGACCUGAACGCUGGCUCGAACCCCUACCGCGGGCCGUGGAGGAGGCGCGAGUCCCGGGCGUGUACUCUCACCUCAUGACGUUUAUCGGCGGUAGCAGGGCGUGCAUCGGAUUCAAAUUUGCACAGAUCGAAAUGAAGACCGUGCUGCUCGUCUUGUUGCAGAACUUCAAGUUCGAGCCUACUGGCAAGCCAAUCAAGUGGAACCUUGCCGCAGUGCAGUACCCCAGCGUCGCGUCGGAGGGACCUGAACCUGCAUUGCCCCUGCUGGUCUCCGCUCUGCGUGCAUGA